UUUUGCAGAAUAGACACUAUCCACCUCUUCAGCCACUCUCUUGGCCAUCUCUUCUAUUUCCAUAAUGUGAGCCCUCCUGUCCUGAAACCCUCCUUAGCAAUGGUCAGGGUGCCUAAAAAAGACCUGGACUUGUGAUUUCUGUUGUCAAGUGUCAUGGAAAGAGAGGGUGUGACAGGUAACUCUUGGCGUGGCCCCUCCAGGAGUGCAGAGCCAGCUAGCAACAAAGUGAGGAUGGAACUUUAAUCUCCAGGAAUGGCUUUGGAAAGGGAUCCACAUGGCCCUGCCAGCCCUCCUUGUUCGGGGCAGAAGGAACGGGUCGCGAGGCUUGCUAGCAUUCGAGCUGCGUCCUGGCCCUUGAUAUUUCCUCUGAAAGAAGAUGAGCACAGCAGAGGAGGAACUUCACCAGUCAAAGGGGAUUGCACAGGGACAGCAUGUUUCAGUGUUUUAGCAGAAGGGCAAUGGCAUGGGUUGGAAACUUAAUCUGCCGUUGUAGUGCUGGUCCAGUGCUGAGUAUUCUCCGCAAAGCUCCUGACAGAGAGACGAAAAACUCCAAAGGAGAAGGGAGUGAGAGCGAGCGAGUCGGCCGGCAGCCCGAAUCCCCUCCCUUGACUCGGGAUGUCCGGCAGCGUGGGGACGGUGACCUGGACCCUGUUCCUCCUCCUCCUCGCACCAGGCUGGGUAGAACCGCAGGCCUGCACGUACCCAUGCCAGUGUCCCUCGCAGCCUCUGCAGUGCCCUGCUGGCACCAGCCACGUGUUGGAUGCCUGCGGUUGCUGCAAGGUGUGUGCCAGGCAGCUUGGCGAGCUCUGUUCCCUUCAGAAGCCCUGUGAUCAUCACAAGGGACUCUACUGCGACUUCUCCAAAAUCCACAGAGGCAGCGGGAUCUGCUUAGCUCACGAGGGUGCGACGUGCGACCUGCUGGGCAAGAUCUACCACAACGGGGAGAGCUUCCAGCCCACCUGCAAGCUGCAGUGCAUCUGCAUGGACGGCGCCAUCGGCUGCAUCCCGCUGUGCUCCGACGACCUGCGGCUGCCGUCCCCCGAGUGCCCCAACCCCCGGCGGGUGAAGUUUCGCAAUAAAUGCUGCGAGGAGUGGGUCUGCGAGGAGGGCAGCGAGGAAAACCGCUUCGAAACAGCCAUGGCAGUUUUCAGGGAGGAUCCAGCACGCAAGCCGGAGCCGAACAACGUGCAGGAGAACUGCUUGGUGCAGACCACCGAGUGGAGCGCCUGCUCCAAGAGCUGCGGCAUGGGCAUCUCUGCGCGGGUCACCACCAACAACCCCCAGUGCCGCCUGGAGAAGGAGACCCGGCUCUGCAUGGUCCGGCCCUGCGACUUCUCCACGGAGAAGACCAAGAAGGGGAAGAAGUGCGUGCGGACCCCGAAGCCACGCCAGAGCCUCCACUUUGAGUUUUCGGGCUGCACCAGCACCCGUUCCUACCGGCCCAAGUUCUGCGGCAGCUGCACGGACGGCCGCUGCUGCACCCCGUACGUCACCAGCACCGUGGAGGUGGAGUUCCGCUGCCCCGAGGGGGACUUCUUCCAGAGGAAGAUGAUGUUCAUCAAGAUGUGCUCCUGCCACUACGACUGCCCCCGAGACAACGACAUCUUCCUGGCCACGUACCACCGGAGGAUGAUCGGAGACCACGUCAAGACGGAGCGGCAGUAGCCCCCUGCGUGCCAGAUCCACGGGCCGAGGUGUCAAGAGGGCUCUGCAGCGCUUUCGUGGCUGUGUCCCGGGACAUCGCAGCCUCUUCCCCCUCUGU